CUGCGGGCCGGCAGCGGCGGUGCCGAGAGGAGCCGGCGGUCAGGCGGCCGCGCGGGACUCCUCACUUCCUACUCGGGCCAAGAUGGCGGGGGACGAGGCGGGAGUGACUCUGGGGCAGCCGCACCUCAGCCGGCAGGAUCUCGGCACCUUGGAUGUUACCAAGCUGACGCCUCUUUCACCAGAAGUCAUCAGCAGACAAGCAACAAUUAAUAUAGGCACAAUUGGUCAUGUAGCCCAUGGAAAGUCAACAGUAGUCAAAGCUAUAUCUGGAGUUCACACUGUCAGAUUUAAAAAUGAACUGGAAAGAAAUAUCACAAUCAAACUGGGUUAUGCUAAUGCAAAGAUUUACAAGCUGGAUGACCCAAGCUGCUCUCGACCAGAGUGCUACCGGUCCUGUGGAAGUAGCACCCCAGAUGAGUUCCCUACAGAUAUUCCUGGCACCAAAGGGAACUUUAAACUAGUCAGGCAUGUCUCUUUUGUGGAUUGCCCUGGCCACGAUAUUUUGAUGGCUACCAUGCUGAACGGUGCAGCAGUAAUGGAUGCAGCUUUGCUCUUGAUAGCUGGUAAUGAGUCAUGCCCUCAACCUCAGACCUCAGAACAUCUAGCUGCUAUAGAAAUCAUGAAACUGAAGCACAUUUUGAUUCUACAGAAUAAGAUUGACUUGGUGAAAGAGAGCCAGGCUAAAGAACAGUAUGAACAGAUUCUUGCAUUUGUACAAGGCACAGUUGCAGAAGGAGCUCCAAUAAUUCCAAUCUCAGCACAGCUGAAGUACAACAUAGAGGUGGUUUGUGAGUACAUAGUGAAGAAAAUCCCGGUCCCUUUGCGAGACUUCACAUCUGAGCCGAGGCUCAUUGUAAUUAGAUCUUUUGAUGUCAACAAGCCUGGCUGUGAAGUUGAUGACCUUAAGGGAGGUGUUGCUGGUGGCAGUAUUCUAAAGGGUGUUUUAAAGGUGGGCCAGGAAAUUGAGGUGAGGCCUGGUAUUGUGUCCAAGGACAGUGAAGGCAAACUCAUGUGCAAGCCAAUCUUUUCCAAAAUUGUGUCACUCUUUGCUGAACACAAUGAUCUACAAUAUGCUGCUCCAGGAGGCCUUAUAGGUGUUGGCACAAAGAUUGACCCCACGUUGUGCCGGGCUGACCGCAUGGUGGGCCAGGUUCUUGGUGCAGUUGGGGCCCUGCCAGAAAUAUUUACAGAGCUGGAGAUCUCCUACUUCCUGCUGAGGCGGCUCCUGGGCGUGCGCACCGAGGGAGACAAGAAAGCUGCCAAGGUGCAAAAAUUAUCGAAGAAUGAAGUUCUAAUGGUAAACAUAGGAUCCUUAUCUACUGGAGGGAGAGUCAGUGCUGUAAAGGCUGAUUUGGGGAAGAUUGUGCUAACUAACCCUGUGUGCACAGAAGUGGGAGAAAAAAUUGCUCUGAGUCGAAGAGUUGAGAAGCAUUGGCGUUUAAUUGGUUGGGGUCAGAUCAGAAGAGGAGUGACAAUCAAGCCAACUGUUGAUGAUGACUGAAGAACAAAAGAGUGCUUCAUUUUUAAAGAUGAAGUGCCUAUUUCUAUUUUGGAGGGGGUGUAUUUUCACAGUGGAAUUGGAAGCUGUGCAAACACUAUCUUGGAGUUGUAUGGCUGUCCUUGUACCUUUUAUUGAAUUUUACCCUCUUACUAAAAUACUAGUCACUAUCACCAUUAAAAGUGUAAAAGAAUUGGCAUAGAAGUGGGUUUCAUUAUCUACUUUUUAGUAGAAAUUAAUUGUACAUGUCUCAUGGCAUGUCUAAUUUAUGUUACUUUGUGUUUCAGACAUAUCUGUUUAAUAUCAGUCAAACCAGCCCCAGUGUAACACACAAACCAUAAAUCUGGUAUUGAAAUAAAAUAUUGCUUAUUUUCAUUAAUUCAUACAGUUUUUCUGAGUAACAAAAGACUGCAAUGAUUGUUCAAGUACAAGAAUUAAAAGCAAGCAAACUCUUCUUGGAAGACUUAGUACCUUUUCUGCACAAUUUGUUUUGUUUAGACAACUGUUACCAACAAAAAACUGUAUUUCUUUGUUUCUAUGGUUCUUGAUUUUAGGAUUCCAAAAAUUACAUUUUGUAAUUAGGAUGGCAGUAUUGACUGACUUGAAUUUGUCAUUUCUGAUAUUACUACAUGUUUUCUUAAAUCCCCCCCCAAAAAAACCACAAGUAAACUGGAUCUGAACUGGCA